AUGUCCGUUCCCCUCGCGACCCCCUCCCGGGAUGCCAUACAAGCAGCCAUCGACCGCGUAUCGGCUGACCGUAAUGCCUUCGAGCUCAUCCACGUCUCCCAGCCCACUUGGCCGUUCGCAUCCGAAGCGUCCCAAUCCUCUGAAAGAGCCCACAUCGUCAUCCUCGACUCAUCCUUCAAUCCCCCUCAUUUCGCACACGAAGCCAUGGCCUCAUCCACCUUCCCUCCUCCCCUCGUCUCCAGCGACGUAGACUCUCAGCCGCCCUACUCGGCCCGCCUCCUCCUCUUUUCGGUACGGAACAUCCAGAAGACGCCUAAAGCGGGGGACGCGUCCCCCGUCCAGAGGCUGGAAAUGACGCUUCUCCUCGCUGCGCGGCUGGCCAAGAGUCAUGCACUUCCUGGAGGAGUGGCAGUGGGGAUUCUGAAUGAGCCUACAUUCGUCGGGAAGAGCCGGAUCCUUCACUCCCACCUCUCAUCCCCUAUCUCCCCCACAGCAUCCUCCUCUACCUCGGUACCUCCGGCCGGACGGCGGAUCAAGCUAUCCUUCCUGAUAGGCAGCGACACCCUUACCCGCUUCUUCCAGCCCUCCUUCUACGGCGGUAUCUCCGGUAUGAACGCCGCGUCGGAGGAAUACUUCGGGAUGGGCUCUCUCCUGAUUUGCGGGCGGAGAGGGGAAGGGAAAGAGAGUCGGGCGGUGGAGCAGGAAGUAUUGGAUAGGGAGGAGGUGCGGCCUUGGGUCGAGAAGGGGCUGGUGAGGAUGUUGGAGAGUAAUCAAGGAGGGCAGGAGGAUAUCAGCUCGACGACUAUACGGACGGCGAUCAGGGAUGGGGAUGAUGCGGUCUUGGGCGGACUGAUACCUGAGGAGAUUAUGGCGUAUAUACGGAGGGAGGGGUUGUAUACCUCAUAG